AUGUCGGCCUCACCAUCACUUGACGCCCCCUGGCCUUCACCUCAGCGACCACAUACUCCAGAUCAGGCAAGACCGCCAGCCACACGAAUUGGCUCUGUGACCAUGGCACCCAAGUCGGAGCUCCUGCGCAACGCGUUGCAGGCACGGAGAGCACAACAUACACCUACACCCUCCCCCCUUGAAGCACGCCCACCACCUUCAUUCAGUUCGCGGUCUACCACGGUUUCGACACCAGACUCCUCCCCUGAUGCGUUUGCGGAAUUUGCACUUUCCGAAGAACAAACCGCGCCUGUGUCGCCGAUACGACGGCGAAGACCCAGUGAUAUGGGCCCGCCUCGUUCGAAGACGAAUCGUGAGCUGACUGUUGAAAUCGAGCGACUCAAAGAUAAUCUCAUGACAUCCAAUAUGCGAGUAGAGCUUCUCAAGAAGAGCAAUUCGGAGCUACAACAUGGCAUGACCAAGGCGAAAGAGCGAAUCGAGCGGCUGGAACCAUUGGAAGAGUUCAAUUAUGAACUUGCAGUCGAAAACGACAGUCUCAAGACCAAGCUUGAGCAUGUGGUAGAGCAACUUGAUCGUCUCAUGGACGCUCAUGACGUGAUCCGCCAACACAACGACGAGCUUGCUGAAUCCAACAAGCAACUUAGCGCCCUCUCCAAGCAGAAUGAGGAUCUAUGGCAGAGCCAGGAAUCAGCAAUUGAUGAGGCUGUCAUGUACAUCAUCAAGUUGGAAGAAGAUAAGAAUCUACUCACCACUGAGCUCAAGUCGCUCAAGGAGCGAGUGGGCGCUCUAGAAACUGCUUCUCCCACAGGCACGCUUGUCGAUGGCACGUCUCGAUACCCAUCACGUGUCUUCAGCGUCGACGAAUCACGCCCUUCGACCAGUCACUUCGACUCUGAUUACUAUAGUCAGCCGGAUUCGCCUCGCGUUAAGCCUGAUAAUGCGUCCAGCAUCUCUUUCACUCCCUCGGAGCGGUCCAAGAAGUUCCUUGAUUUGACAGAGGACCGUAGAAAGUCCGCACGAGACCUGGUGAAGCGCAUGUCGGCAGCAUCACUGGCGGCUUUGGCUAUUAGAUCACCUUCUCCACCACCUGCUGUCCCACAGAUUCCAGCUGUGUAUCAAGAAAAGCAAGAACUGGCAGAGCAGGAUCUUGUUGAAGCUCCACCAAGAGCUGCUCAGGCUGUGCCUGGACUUGACCGUCAGAGUCGACAUGUUGUGCCGCAAGAUAUACUAGACGAAGCUUUGCAAUCCCCACCACUUUCAGAUACCAAAUCCCACCCGCGUGCGACGUCACAUGCUGAUGGUCUAAGAGGUCUGUAUCGUCCGGAUAGAGCCAUGCGAAGCAAAACCUCCCAUGAUUUACCCGCAAAGUCGAGCCAGCCUAUCGACCCAUCCAAUACUGGUGGCGUCGCCAAUUCUCAACCAUCCGUCCCAGAAGCUUCGCCGUCCGUACCAUCACGCGUUAGCAGCAAGUAUGCGAACACGAGCAAUUUCAAUGAACAGUUCCCGCGUCACAGCCCAUGUCGCCGGCAUCAAUCUGACCGUGACAUGCAAACCUCCAGCGACGCAGUCGAAGUGGAAGAACAAGACUCAGCUCCUCUUCGGGCACCUACGGUUCCACCUCCUAUCAAUCCUGCUCUAUCCACAGCUGACCUGACUUCGGAAUACGACCCACGAGAGGAUAGAGACCGAUGGUGGCGGAACGUAGAGCAAAUCACGAGCUCCCCCGUCACACCACAGCCUCGCACGGCCUUGCACCAAUCAAUACAUGGCUGUUCAAUGAUGAGCACUGGUACGUUUGCUCACCAGAGACGGCAUAGGAAGGCCCCAUCGCUUGCACCUGGGACCGUCUCCACCGAGAGCCAGAGUCGCUCCACAUCUACCCUGCCACGUGAAGAGCGCGACUUUCUCUUCAAUCCGGGCGAGAAUGUGGAGACCUUCAUGCGCAAGGCGAGGAAUAAAAUUAGUAGUACUCGUCGGCAGGCCUAA